AUGUGUGGAAGGUUUGCACAGGGAAUUGUAUGUAAAUUACCCUCCUCCCUUUAACGAGAUGUUUUGAAAUCGAACAAAUAACUGACUUGGCAAAAAAAAACAGAGUCUUGAUGAGGUGCCCGCCGUGUUCAAUACAACCGUGUACGAAGAUGCCAAUGCAGGAGGCUCAGAGACUAUGAUGGAAGUUCACAACAGGGUAUAUCAAAUCAAUCUUCAAGAGGAUGAGGAUGCGGGUGGUGGUAAUGGUGGUGGUAGGGGAAAGGUCAUUGAGCUAGACAUGACCAGAAUGGAAGAUUAUGUGCCAUCUUACAACGUUGCCGUCACCAACACCGCGAUGAUGGUGUAUAUGACCAGGCCAGCGGAUGGAAUCGACGCCAAGUACGUGUUUGAGAAAUCGAAAUUUGGCCUAGUUCCAACUUGGGAAAAGCCUAAAGAUCCGACUCCAGUUAACGAAGGCAAGGCUAAUCAGGGCAAAGUUUACUCCAAGGAGUUGGGCAGAAUCGAGUCUAGAUUGUUCAAUUGCAGGAAGGAGUCCCUUGAAGAAGGCAAGAGGAUAUGGAGCUCGGUCAAGAAUGAAAGGUGCGUGAUUCCAAUCCAGGGUUAUUUUGAGUGGCAUAAGAGCAAUACCAAGACUAAAAACGAGAAGCUUCCAUAUUUCGUGCACUCGAAAGAAGCCCCACUACUCUUCUUGGCUGGUUUCUACUCCCAUAAUGUGCAUUUCGAGAACGACUACAAUGUUGACAACAAGUACUUGUCCUCCUUCACAAUCGUCACUGGACCCGCGAAAAAAUCCGACGAAUACGACGGCGGGUUGGCAGAUCUUCACCCAAGAAAGCCCAUUUUCAUCGAGCCUAGCUCUCAAGCUUGGUUUGACUGGUUGGAUCCUGAUAGGAAAUGGGAUAAUCUGCUAAUUGCAAAAUCGUUAAACUGCUCCAAGAAUCCCGCUUGGAGAAACAUCGAAGCUUACCGUGUAGCUAAAGAAGUUGGUAACCCUAGCAACAAAAGCAAGGAUGUUUUGAAAAAGAUAAACCCAAAGAAGAGCUCGAUUGAUGGCUUCUUCUCGCUGCCUCUGAAAAAGAGAGGCUCAAAUAACGAGGGUGAUGAGAUAGGUGAGAAGAAAAAGGUAAAAUUAGAGGGUGCUGGAGAUGAUGAUGGAGAGGGCGAGCUCGAGCCACCUUCCAAACGAACCCGACAUGGCGAUCAUCAUCUUCGCAGCAGUGGGCCCCAGGUAAAGAAUGAAGACGAAUAG